GCGCUGCCGGAAGCGGUUCAGCGGAAAUGGAGCGGAAGGGCGGAAGCGUGUGCGGCGCCGCGCUCCCGCCGGACGGAGGGCGCCGCCAGCCGCAGCAGCCCGAGGAGAGCGGCGGGGGCGGCAGCGGCGGCGGGUCCGCCAUGGCCAAGCAGUACGAGACGGUGGAGUGCCCCUAUUGCGACGAGGUCUCCAAGUACGAGAAGCUGGCCAAGAUCGGGCAGGGCACCUUCGGGGAGGUGUUCAAAGCGAAGCAUCGUCAGACCGGCAAAAAAGUGGCCUUGAAGAAGGUGUUAAUGGAGAAUGAAAAGGAAGGGUUUCCUAUCACAGCCCUGAGGGAGAUCAAAAUUCUCCAGCUGCUCAAGCAUGAAAACGUGGUGAACCUCAUUGAAAUCUGUAGGACCAAAGCCUCUCCCUACAACCGCUGCAAGGGCAGCAUCUACCUGGUGUUUGAUUUCUGCGAGCACGACCUGGCCGGCCUCCUGAGCAACGCCCACGUGAAGUUCACGCUCUCGGAGAUCAAGAAAGUGAUGCAGAUGCUCUUGAACGGCCUCUACUACAUUCACAGGAAUAAGAUCCUGCACCGGGACAUGAAAGCCGCAAACGUGCUUAUCACCCGGGAUGGGGUUCUGAAACUGGCCGAUUUUGGGUUGGCACGAGCCUUCAGCCUGGCCAAGAACAGCCAGCCCAACCGCUACACCAACCGGGUGGUGACUCUGUGGUAUCGGCCUCCGGAGCUGCUUCUGGGAGAACGAGACUACGGACCACCCAUUGAUCUCUGGGGCGCAGGCUGCAUCAUGGCCGAAAUGUGGACACGCAGCCCCAUCAUGCAGGGUAACACAGAACAGCACCAGCUCACGCUCAUCAGCCAGCUCUGUGGGUCCAUCACCCCUGAGGUUUGGCCAAAUGUGGACAAAUACGAACUGUACCAGAAGCUGGAUCUGCCCAAAGGCCAAAAGCGGAAAGUGAAGGACCGGCUAAAAGCCUACGUCAAAGAUCAAUAUGCUCUGGAUCUCAUAGACAAGCUACUGGUCUUGGAUCCCGCUCAGCGAAUAGAUAGCGAUGAUGCCCUGAAUCACGAUUUCUUCUGGUCGGACCCGAUGCCCUCUGACCUCAAGAACAUGCUCUCUACCCAUAACCAAUCCAUGUUUGAGUACCUGGCUCCGCCCAGAAGGAGAGGCGGGCAUGUGCCACAAGCGCCCAACAUGCAGGGCCGGAAUCCUGCUGCGACCAAUCAGACGGAGUUUGACAGAGUGUUUUGAUUCCUGUCGGCUUGGAAGCAGAAAGAGGUGACCCACGUUUCCUGGAGGGCUCUGAGAUUUCCUGUGUCUAGUGGAACAGCCUAAUGGCUCUGUGUUCACAUCUGAGAGACGCAGGACUAGAUACAGUGACUGGAACCAUAUAAAGGCAGAGUUGUGUUAGAUUAUGCUGAACCUUGGGCAACAGCAGGAACUCCAAUAAUUAUGGCUUUUCUGCUCAUCUCACUUUCCAAAGUCCUGAAAUCUCGUUCGACUCUUUUACAGAGUGACAUUUGCUGUUCAGCCCUCGACCAUCUUUUCUAUUGGUGCGUUUGGGAGACUUUGUGGUGACGGGGAGUCCAUAAAGUCCCUUUGGCGCUCGGCAUCAUGACCCAUGAUACUUGCUUUCUGAGAAUGGGUGGUGUACCCACUGCCUUUGCCAGUGAGUUCCAUCCAGGUGUGACAUGACUGGCAGGACUGACUGGCAUAUACCCAGGCCGUGGCGAACUCUCCGGAUUUUCCUAAGGCAACAGCGGUGGACAUGUGGCAGGCGUGAGAAAAAUCCUAGGAUCUCCUAUUCCAUCUUGCCUCUUUGCUGCUGUUCGCUUUGGUGGUUCUGGCUUCACCCAACAGACUCUGGAGGGAGAAUUCUUUUGCUUGGCUGGUGGAAUCUGCACUCCACACUAUCAUGCAUUUUUUUGUAGGGCUGCAGCGAGUUCUCCAAGCAACGGCAAAGGCUCACUGGGUGUGACCUAGCCAAGUGUGGAAGGAAACAUAUCGUCCUUCCCCUCCACUUAGGCCAGGAAGUUCUGGGUGGGAGAAUUAUGAAUACUGAACCUCAUUAUGUUCUCUAUUAUUAUUAGUAUUUUUAAUAACUCAAUGAAGAACAACUCAAGACUGUAAUUAAAAGUCUUUGCUUUGAUCGCUCA